CAAAGACAGUAAAACACAGAGAAAGAGAGAGAUGCGUUUGAAAGUAGGGAUGGUGUUGUUUCUUACAGCCUUCUUAGCUGCUGCAACUGUGGAGAGUCGGUUUGAUCCAAACACGUUGCUAUUAGAGAUGGUGAAUGAGAAGGGUGAGCCCAACUACGUGAUCAAGUCCACCACCGAUACCUGCUGCGACAACUGCACCUGCGACAACAUCGAAUCAGAGCCAUUUUCAUGCGUUUGCUUGGAUAUCACACAAAGUUGCCACUCUGCUUGUAAGGGCCGUGCCUGUACUCUCUCCAUUCCUCAACAGUGUCGUUGCCUUGAUACCACCUACGGCUGCGAUGAUAAAUGCUCCUCUUCUGUUAAAUCUCAAAUCGCAAACUGAUGCUCUCAUUGUCUUAUGUGAAUGUGAACCAUAAACCCUACUAUGUGCCUCUGUGUGCCUUGGUUUCUCUAUAUGUAUGUGAACUCUAUCUAUUAAAAUAAAGUAUAUCUCGUGCCUUGCUUCUAGUUUGCAUUCUUGCAAACUGGUCGCUUGCAAGGUCUUGAUCUUCAACUCUA